GGGGCGCGCGGGCACGGCUCGGGCACCGUCUCGUGGCUAUUUUAGACCCCAAAGGCGCCCGGUGCCGACAGGACCGUCCCCGCCCCUUACUGACGCCCUGGCGCCCAGCUCAUCUCGCCCUCCCCAGUCGAGAGGGACCAGAGCUUCGAGGCCGGCGUGUAGUGUCGUCCUAGAGUGGUUCUGAGACUCACCUCCCCGCCACGAUGAGACUCCUAGCAUGGGCGUGGCUGGUAGUGGGCGGGCUGGCGGUGCUGGCCCCCAACGCCCACGCCGCCGGCGCCAAGGCUGACGUGAUCGAGGAUGUUAAUUCCAAGCAACUGGAAAACCUGGUGGCCGACAGUGAUUACGUGGCUGUGUUCUGGUACAAGAAGGGCUGCAAGGACUGCGACAAGGUGCUGGAGGAGCUGGAGAACAUCGACGACGACACGGACAGGUUCGGCGUCCACUUCGUCAAGAUCGCCGACAAGAAGUUCGCAAAAGCCCACGGCGUGAAGACCUUCCCCGCGCUCUCCUUCUUCAGGAACAAGGAACCCAUCCACUAUGAAGGUGACCUCAUGGACGAGUCUGGAGUGCUGGAGUUCCUCACGAGUCUGGAGGCGAUGGAGCUGCCGGACCAGAUCGAGGAAGUCAACGCCAAGAUUCUGGACAAGAUUGUGGAGGAGCAGGAGUUCGUGGCCGUGCUCUUCUGUUACAUGGGCGAUGUUUGCAACCGAGGAGAACACAAGAACGAGUGUAGGCGCUGCGUGAAGGCCCUGCAGGAGCUUGAGAACGUUGACGAUGACGCGGACCAGCUCGGCAUCGCGUUUGUGAAGAUCAACGACCCCGAGUUGGCGGAUGAGUACUCGCUGGGCUCCCUCCCCGCCCUCGUGUACUACCGAAGGCGUAUUCCUGUUGUGUAUGAUGGUGACCUAAUGAACGAGGACAAGGUGCUGGAGUGGCUGGUGGAGAACAAAAACACGGGGGACGAUGAUGACGUAAUCGAUGACGUCACGCUUGGCCUCCUCAACACCCUCAUCGACUCCUUGGACCACCUCGCUGUCGUCUUCUACGACAGGGAAGACAGCGACGACACUAUGAUUCUGCAGGAACUGGAGAACAUCGACGACGACCUAGACGCCCAAGGGAUCCACAUCGUGAAGAUCGCCGACGACGUGGCCGAGCGGGAGUACGGCAUUGAAGACACGCCCUGCCUCGUCUACUUCGAGAAGGAGAUCCCCUCCCUGUACGACGGUGACCUGCACAAGGAGCAGGAGGUGCUGGCUUGGCUGGUCGAACAGCUGCACACCGACGAGAUCGAGGACAUCACGGACGAGAUGUUGGACAAGCUCAUCAGGGAGUCCAGCCAUCUGGCCGUGCUCUUCUAUAAGGAGGAUGAGCAGGACUCUGAGCUGGUGGUGACGGAGCUGGAGAACAUCGACGACGACUGUGACGCGCGGGGCAUCUCCUUCGUCAAGAUAGAUAACGACGACGAGGCCAAGGAGUACGGCAUCGACGUCCUGCCCACCCUUGUGUACUUCGAGAAGGGCGUCCCCUCCGUGUACUCCGGGAAUUUGCUGGUGGAGGAGCAGGUGCUGGACUGGCUGGUGCAUCAGGUGGAGGAGGACGAGAUCGAGGAGGUGACGGACGAGAUGCUUGACCGCCUCAUUGAACGCACGGAACACUUGGCGGUUCUCUUCUACGACAAGGAGAGUCGCCGCAGCAGGAAGGUCGUGGCGGAGCUGGAGAACAUUGACGAUGAGUGUGACGGCCGAGGGGUUUACUUCGUCAAGAUCGACAACUAUGAGGAGGCCAUGGAGUACGGCAUCGACACCAUCCCCACCCUGGUGUACUUCGAGAGCGAGAUCCCUUACAUAUUUGAGGGUGACUUGAUGAAGGAGGAGGAGGUGCUGUACUGGCUGUUCCAUCACGUCGACCAUGAAGAGAUUGCUGACGUGACGGAUGAGAUGCUCGGCAAACUCAUCGCCAACGAGCCCUUCCUGGCUGUGCUCUUCUAUGACAAGGAUGAUGCUGAGGACCACGAGGUGCUGGGUGAGCUGGAGAACAUUGAUGAUGACUGUGAGCAGGCCGGCGUUCCCUUCGUCAAGAUAGACAAUGAUGCUGAAGCCAGGGAGUACGGCAUCGAUGACCUCCCGACCCUUGUGUACUUUGAGAACAGGAUCCCCAGCAUAUAUGAGGGUGACCUCUCCAAUGAGCAGGAGGUGCUGGAGUGGCUGCUGGAACAGAAGAACUCUGACACCAUCGAGGAGGUGACGGAUGAGAUUCUUGAUGACCUCAUUGCCAACUUCGAGUACGUCGUUGUGUACUUCAGUGGUGAGUGUGAUGAAGGCCAGAAGUGUGACCAUAUCCUGAAUGAGCUGGAGAACAUUGACGAUGACACGGACGACCACGGGAUGCACUUCGUCACCACGGAGGAGACUGGUCUGGCCAACAACUACGGCAUCAAGGUCUUCCCGGCCCUGGCCAUCUUCAGGAACGGGGAGCCUCUGCUGUACAAGGGUGACCUAACCAAAGAGGAGGCUGUGCUGAAGUGGGUGACAGCCGAGGAUACGCUGCAGAUCCCCAACCAGAUCGAGGAAGUGAACCAGCGCAUGUUGGAGAGGAUCCUCAACACCUCUGACAAUGUGGCCGUGUUCUUCUAUGAUGAGAAUGACAAGAAGAGCAGGAAGAUUCUCAUUGAGCUGGAGAACAUUGAUGAUGAUUGUGAUGACAUCGGCAUUGACUUUGUGAAGAUCUCUGACGAAGGCAUUGCCCAAGAAUAUGACAUCGCCAGCAUGCCGGCCAUCGUCUACUUCAGGCACAGGUUCCCUCAGAUAUAUGAAGGUGACAUGACAGAUGAAGAAGCUCUCCUGGAGUGGCUCAUUGACAAUAAAGACAGAGGACCAGCAUCCAUCAUUGAGGAAGUGGACGGCAAAAUGCUGCAAAACCUCGUGGACACCUUUGAGUUCCUUGUUGUUUAUUUCUAUGAUGACAACUGCCCAACCUGCGAGACAAUCUUGGCAGAACUUGAGACAAUAGACGACGAGACAGACGAGGUUGGCAUCCAGUUUGUGAAGACCAAUGAUGUGGAUGUGGCGGAGGACCUGGGCAUCAGCCACCUGCCUGCCCUGGUGUACUUUGAAGGUGGAGUUCCAAGCAUCUAUGACGGUGACUUCGCAAGGGGUGCUGAGGUGUUGUCUUGGCUUGUUGCACACACACGUGACAUCCAGGCAGAGCAGGAUGUGCUGGAGUGGCUGAUUGAGCAGCGUCACGAGGAUACCAUCGAGAACAUCAACCGGCAGAUGUUGUACACCCUCAUCGACACCCAGGACUACCUUGCUGUCUACUUCUUCAAUGAGGAGAAUGAUGAGUGCCCGAAGGUGCUGAGGACCCUGGAGAAGAUUGACGACGAGGCAGCAGAGUAUGGCAUCCAGAUGGUCAAGAUGAACGACAGACUCAUGGCCAAAAAGUAUGGCUUCAGGAACCCACCAGGACUUGUCUACUUCAGGAAGGCCAAGCAUAUUAAGUAUGAUGGGGACUUGUAUGAUGAGGAGGACGUGCUGGACUGGCUCACGGCACCUGAGAACAUGGAGUUGAAUGAUGCCAUUGAGAAGGUGAACAGAAAGAUGUUUGAAAGGCUUCGCCAGACAACUGACUACCUCGCUGUCUUCUUUUACUCAGAGGUGGGGUGCAAGCAGUGCCAGAAAGUGUUAGCUGAGCUGGAGAACAUUGAUGAUGAGGCUGAUGCUAAUGGUAUCGACUUUGUGAAAAUUGAUGAUGCUCAGCUGGCCAAGGAUGUGGGCGUGUACGCUCUUCCCGCCAUUGUCUUCUACCGCUCCGGGAGCGAGGAGCCCAUCAUCUAUGCUGGGGACAUGAAAAACGAGGAGAACCUUCUGUCGUGGCUGCUGACGGAGAAGGACCCGACAGCCGACUUUAUCGAGGACAUGUCCGGGGAAGCUCUCCAGCGUGUGAUCCGGGAUGCUGAUGCCAUUGCCGUCUACUUCUAUGACUUAUCUGGCUGCCCUGACCAAAACGCAGAGGAGAAAAAGAAGAAGAAGAAAAAGAAGAAUGAAACGGCUUCUGUUGAAACAAACAGGGAUGACUCGAGCUGUGCCACGUGCCUGCAGGUCCUGGAGGAGCUUGAAAACAUUGAUGAUGACACGGACAGGAUUGGUGUAAGCUUUGUCAAGACUCAGGACCUCAAGGUUGCUGAGCGGUAUGGUGUCACCAGCGUUCCAGCACUCCUCUACUUUGAACAUCAAGUCCCCACCGUGUAUGAAGGGGACCUUUUGGCGGAAGAGGACGUGCUCCAGUGGCUCACCUUACAGAAGACGGAAGACACCAUUGAGACCGUGAACAGGAACAUGCUGGAGGUGAUGCUGGAGGACACACAGUACCUUGCUGUCUUCUUCUACAAGCCAAACUGUCGAGCAUGCGAGACGGUGCUGGCAGAGCUGGAGAACAUUGAUGACGAGUGUGAUGUGUAUGGCAUCCACAUGGUGAAGAUCCAGGAUGCUCAGCUGGCCAAGCGGUACGGCAUCAAGACCCUUCCGGCCCUCAUCUACUUCAGGAACGGCAACCCACUCAUCUUUGACGAUGAUCUCACCCAAGUGCGUGCCGGUGUCGUCGAGUGGUUAGUUGAUGAUGAUAGUCGUAAAUUGGAAGCUGACAUUGAGGACGUUAAUGUCAGAAUGUUUGACGCAAUUCUUGGAAAGAGUCAUCACGUUGCAGCGUUUUUCCUGAAUGAGGAUGACUGCUCUGACUGUGAGCAGGUUCUUCGUGAGCUGGAGAACAUCGAUGAGGAGGUGGACAUGUUUGGGAUUGACUUUGUGAAGAUCAAUGACCCAGACGCGGCGCAUCGCUUCAACAUCAUUCAAACUCCUGCCCUCGUCUACUUCAGAAAGAAAGUUCCUCUCGUGUACGACGGUGACCUUCUUGAUGAGGAGAAGGUGUUCCAGUGGCUCACCUCGCAGGACGUGUUUGAGAUCAAGGAUGAGAUUGAGGAAGUGAAUCGGAAAAUGUUGGAGAAGCUGCUUGAUGAGAAUGACUUCGUGGCUGUCUACUUCUAUGAUGAUACCGCCAAGUGUGAUGAAGUCUUGGUGGAGCUGGAGAAGAUUGACGACGAGACAGACGACCUCGAUAUUACCUUCGUCAAGAUCCGGGACACACGCUACGCCAAGAAGUAUGGCAUCCAGAAGCUGCCGGCUCUUGUCUACUUCAGGAGGAGGUUCCCCAGUAUAUACAGAGGAGAUCUUAUGGUGGAAGAGGAGGUUCUGGACUGGCUUCAGAAGAACAGAUUUAAGCAUCCAGAACUGAACCUUUUCAUGUACGCCACGGGGGCCAUCACCCUCGCCUUCAUCCUGUACACACUCUUCCUCAUCUUCUGCUUCAGGACUCCACCGCAUCAGAAAGCAGCGUGAUCGACUCCAUUUCACACCAAGGUCUUACAGAAGAUAUUGACUUAUGUAAUGUAGUGCUGUUAAGCAGUAAAAUAUCACACAAUUACUUGAAAAUAGAAUCUAUAAUUCAUAAAUAAAAAUUGCAUUACAUAGAAAAAUUCUCUUAUGAGAAAUAAUAAAUAAGAUCAAUUAGAUGGUGAACAAAGUAAAGCAAGCAAAAUAAAGUAAUGAAGCAAAGAAGUUAAAAACUAUUUCAUCUCUCAGCAGAUAAGGAAACUUUGUUGAUCCAUGUCCACCAUACAUGGAAUCUACUUGUUAAUGAAUUUAAUUUGCUCUCAUUUAUUGAGGAAAUAUACUUAUGGAUAUUGAUUUUACUUGGGACUCUCUACUAUACGAGUAAAUGGUUUGGUUUACAUUUAUUAAGUUACCAAAAUUAGAUCAACAUAUAUAUUUUUGGAUUUAUAUUAUUCUGCUUUCAGUGACUUAAGCUACAAUGUGAUAGCUUGUUUUAGGUUGUCUUAGAUCACAUGAUAAGCUUGGAUAUAUAUACCUGUGCAUUCCUUCAAGGUCAUGAAGCAAUGUAGUAUUUAAUACCAACCUUUUUAGUCAAGAUAACUUGAGUAGAAAAUGUGUACUUUCACUUCAGACACUGAGAGACUUUCAUGUUUGUCAGCUCAGAGGUUACUCAGCAGCCCUCACAGAAUAUCCAUUGCUAGUACAGGGAAGUAUAUGGAUCACUGUGAGGACAGUUCAUGUACUUGUAAAAUCCUACAUUUUCCUAUUUUAAUAUUCAAUAAAUGAACAGUUUAGUUGCAAGUACAAUGGCAAAACAAAUAAUGAGGCAUACUUUAUUGGAUUAAGAUUAAGUACAUUUGACCUGCUAGAGAAUGGAUGCCAGGACAAGAUAUAUCUGUUAACAAUGGCUUCCAGGUGUAAAAUAUUUUGUGGCUAUGUAAGUCUUUGGACCAUGAGGCUGUGAUGAUGUUUUUUGAGUGGCAACCAAGAGCAGCUGGUGGCAACGCUGGAGAGAGAAGUCUGCCAAGAAGAGACAUAGAGUAGUGGCUGAAGAGGAGCUGUGCUAAAUUUUGCAGCUUUUAAGUAACCAAGUGCCAUGAUUUCAAUGUGGAGUUUUUAACGUAACAACUUAAGUAACACUGAGAAAAAGUCAUAGGUGGCGCUAUCUUUGCUAAUGUUAUCAGAAGUUCCAUAUCGUAUCGAGUUUAUAUGUUAAGUCAUACUUGUACUCUUAUGUCCAUGUCUGUCUGCUGUCCUUGUCCUGACUUGUUCUCGACUGUCUUGUUGUCCUGACUUAUCUUUUACUCUCUAGAGGAAAUGGAGAAUUAGUUUGUUUACUUAUAUGAAAAGAAAGAAUUAGUGGCACUUUCCAUUUCUGAUAGAAAAUGGAAAAUUAGAUGUACAGUCUGGUCCUAAGUUAUACCUGUCUUUAACCUAUUGUUUUAAGUAUUACCAAGAUCUAUUAAUAUGUUGCUUGCACACCACCCUGCUAACAGUAUGAGGUUCGUUUCAGGAAAAUGGAUUUGUUUCUUGAAAGCUGUUUCUUCUAUGAAUAUGUAUCUCAAAACCCACUGACUCCCUGCCUACCCUGCCUACCCUGCCUCCCCUGCCUGCCCUGCACACCCUGCCACCUGUCCUGAGUCUCUCCCGCUGUAUGUACUUGUUCUGCUGCCUGUUCUGCUUGUUCUGCUGCCUGUCUGUCCUGCUGCCUGUACUCACCCUGCUGUGCCUGUCCCUCCUGUCCCCCUGGAUGCCCUCACACAAAGCCAGACUUGUCAAGGUAACAUUGUCAAAACUUUAUGUAAAUUAUGAGAUUCAUGUACAAUAAACAACCAUUUAUACAA